AUGCCUACGUCAAGAACUGAUGAUGAAGAAAUUGAAGAGGUAUAUGCUGGUAUAGAAGAACUACUAAAACUCACAAAAGGAAAAGAUAACGUUAUUAUAAUGGGGGACUAGAAUGCUGUUGUAGGUGAAGGAAAAGACGGUAGAGAAGUGGGAAAAUAUGGACUAGGUCAAAGAAACGCAAGAGGAGACCGAUUAGUGAAAUUUAGCAGAGAAAACAGUUUCGUGAUUACGAAUACGCUAUUCAAAGAACACAAGAGAAGAAGAUACACAUGGAAAAUACCCGGCGAUACAGAAAGANACCAGAUUGACUAUAUACUAGUAAAGAAUUGGUUUAAAAACCAAGUCAAAUCCUGCAAAACUUAUCCUGGAACAGACUGUGACAGGGACCAUCAAUUAGUGGGUAUGAAAUUUUGUGUAAAACUAAAAAAAAUCGUAACUAUAAUCUCUAAGAGCUGAAAAACGUGGAAGUAGUUGAAGAUCUAAAGAAAAACAUAGAAAAAAUAUACAACAAUAAGGAUAAGCGAAAAGAACCAAUAGACAAAAGAUGGGAAAAUAUAAAAAGCGCUGUAAUAAACGCCUCAAGAACCACACUAAGUGUAAAAAGAAAAAUACCUAGUCAGGAAUGGAUCACCCCAAAUAUCUUAGACCUAAUUGAGGAAAGACGAAAAUACAAACAUCGGACUGACAUAGAAGGACAACUAAAAUACUGAAGCAUAAGAAACCGUAUAAACAGAGAAUCAGAAAAUGCAAAAGAAUAAUGGCUAGAGCAACAAUGUGCUGAAAUAAACCAUCUUUUUGCAACAAGUAGGCUAGAUCAAGCCUAUAGAACCAUUAAAAGUUUCCUCAAAACAAAUAAAACUCGCAAUAAUAAUAUUAAAGACAAGAAUGGUAAAUUGCUCUUGGAUACAAGAGGGGUGGUAAACCGAUGGAGAGAGUACCUGGAAGAACUAUAUCAAGGGGAUGAGUUACAAGAUAUCAAUGAAGAAACUGAUGAGUGCUCUUAUGGUGCACCGCUACUAAGAAGUGAAUUUAAUGCCAGUCUUAGAGAUCUGAAAAAUAAAAAAGCCCCGGGAAUAGAUGAAAUCCCCGGAGAACUACUACAAAAUGCUAGUGAAAGCAUAAUAGACGCGAUGUACUAUCUUAUGAAAGAUAUAUAUGAAACAGGAGUAAUACCGAAGGACUUUUGCAACAGCAGAAUUGUAACAUUACCAAAAAAGAAUAAAGCUGACUCAUGUACAGAUUUUAGAACUCUGAGCUUACUCCCCCACGCCUCAAAGAUACUCAUAAAAAUUAUAUAUCGAAGAUUUAAUAAAGCCAACCAAUAUCUUGGAAAUGACCAGUAUGGAUUCAGAAAACAAAAGGGAACUAGAGAGGCAAUUUUAGGACUUCGGAUCUUAAUAGAAAAACCAAUAUCUCGAAAUAAAAUAACAUGCUUAUCAUUUAUAGAUAUCGAAAAAGCUUUUGACAACAUUGAUUGGAAAAUUAUGUUCUCAAUAAUGAAGGAAAUAAAUUUAGAUUUUAAAGACAGGAGAAUUAUAUAUAACCUCUACAAAAAUCAAAGCGCAGAAAUUAAAAUAAAUAAUAAGUCAGCUAGUGCGAAAAUACGUAGAGGUGUAAGACAAGGGUGUCCACUUUCACCAUUAUUAUUCAACUGCUACAUAGAAAAAAGUAUUAUGGAAGUUAAAGAUAAACUUAACAGGCUUGGGAUUGGAAUCAAAGUGGGUGGUAUAUUAAUUCCAAUGAUCCGGUUUGCAGACGACAUCGUAAUACUAGCAGAAACAGAGCACGACCUUCAGAGAGCUCUGGAAGAAAUGCAAAUAAUUAUAAAUAAGUAUCAAAUGCGUAUAAAUUCAAGUAAAACAAAAAUUUUAGUUUGUGCUCGUGAACUCACAAUUAACGCAAAUAUUUAUUUAGAAAACCAACUUAUUUCCCAAGUUUCUAGCUUUAAAUUUGGGAAGUCUAAUAACAUCAGAUGGAAGAAGUUCACAGGAAAUUAA